GAGCCAGCCCGAGCCCCAGGCGGAGCCCCGGCCGCAGGGCAGCGGGAGCCCGCGCGCGGCUCGCGCCGGCAUGGAGAAGCGCGCGGCCGCGGGGCCGGAGGGGGCGCCGGGCGCCAGGGCGCCGCUCGCAGUCGUCUGCCUGGUGAACCUCUUUCUCACGGGGAGGCUCAGCGGUGCUGUCCCUGCCUUAGCUGCCUGCAGUGGGAAGUUGGAACAGCACACUGAACGGCGAGGGGUCAUCUACAGCCCAGCCUGGCCCCUCAACUACCCACCGGGCACCAACUGCAGCUGGUACAUUCAGGGUGACCGGGGUGACAUGAUCACCAUCAGUUUCCGAAACUUUGACGUGGAGGAGUCUCACCAGUGCACCCUGGACUGGCUGCUGCUGGGCCCAGCAGCUCCACCUCGCCAGGAGGCCUUUCGCCUCUGUGGCUCAGCCAUCCCGCCCGCCUUCAUCUCUGCCCGUGACCAUGUCUGGAUCUUCUUCCACUCAGACGUCUCCAGCUCCGGCCAGGCCCAGGGAUUCCGCCUCUCCUAUAUCCGAGGGAAGCUGGGCCAGGCAUCCUGUCAGACAGAUGAGUUCCGCUGUGACAAUGGCAAGUGCCUGCCUGGUCCUUGGCAGUGCAACAUGGUGGAUGAGUGUGGAGAUGGCUCAGAUGAGGGUAACUGUUCAGCCCCUGCCUCGGAGCCACCAGGCAGCUUGUGCCCGGGGGGCACCUUCCCAUGCAGUGGAGCUCGCUCCACACGCUGCCUGCCGGUUGAGAGGCGCUGUGACGGCACCCAGGAUUGUGGCGAUGGGUCUGAUGAGGCCGGCUGCCCCGACCUAGCAUGUGGCCGGAGGCUGGGAAGCUUCUAUGGUUCCUUCGCCUCCCCAGACCUGUUUGGCGCUGCCCGCGGGCCGUCGGACCUUCACUGCACAUGGCUGGUGGACACACAGGACCCUCGGCGUGUGCUGCUGCAGCUGGAGCUACGGCUGGGUUAUGAUGACUAUGUCCAAGUAUAUGAAGGCCUGGGCGAGCGUGGGGACCGUCUGCUGCAAACACUUUCCUACCGCAGCAACCACCGGCCCGUGAGCCUUGAGGCAGCACAGGGCCGCCUCACCGUGGCCUACCAUGCUCGUGCCCGCAGCGCCGGUCACGGCUUCAAUGCCACCUACCAGGUGAAGGGCUACUGCCUUCCGUGGGAGCAGCCGUGUGGGGGCAGUGGCGAGGGCGACGAUAGCAGCGCAGGGGAGCAGGGCUGCUUCUCAGAGCCACAGCGCUGUGACGGCUGGUGGCACUGUGCGAGUGGCCGGGAUGAACAGGGCUGCCCGGCAUGCCCUGCUGACCAGUACCCCUGUGAGGGUGGCAGCGGCCUGUGCUACGCGCCUGCGGAUCGUUGUAACAACCAGAAAAGCUGCCCGGAUGGUGCCGAUGAGAAGAACUGCUUUUCCUGCCAGCCGGGCACCUUCCACUGUGGCACCAACCUGUGCAUCUUUGAGACAUGGCGCUGCGAUGGCCAGGAGGAUUGCCAAGAUGGCAGUGAUGAGCACGGCUGCCUGGCCGCUGUGCCCCGCAAGGUCAUCACCGCUGCCCUCAUCGGCAGCCUGGUGUGCGGACUGCUGCUUGUCAUCGCCCUAGGCUGUGCCUUCAAACUCUACUCCCUGCGCACGCAGGAGUACAGGGCCUUUGAGACCCAAAUGACACGUUUAGAGGCAGAGUUUGUGCGGCGGGAGGCCCCCCCAUCCUACGGUCAGCUCAUCGCACAAGGCCUCAUCCCGCCCGUCGAGGAUUUUCCUGUCUACAGCGCAUCCCAGGCUUCAGUGCUCCAGAACCUUCGCACAGCCAUGCGACGACAGAUGCGUCGGCAUGCCUCCCGCAGGGGGCCAUCCCGCCGCAGGCUCGGUCGCCUCUGGAACAGGCUCUUCCACCGCCCACGGGCACCUCGAGGCCAGAUCCCACUGCUGACGGCUGCGCGGACCUCACAGACCGUGCUGGGUGAUGGGCUCCUCCAGGCAGCACCAGGGGCUGCCCCAGACCCGCCAGCCCCCCCUACAGACACGGGCAGCCCCAGGGAAGCUGGAGAUGGGCCUCCCGGUGGUCUUGGCCACGUACCAGAAGUGGGGCCUUCAGUGCAACCCCCACCCUUGAACCUGCAAGAUCCAGAGUACAGGCCAGAGGACAAGGAGAGAAAGGCCUGUGAGGACGAGCCUCAGGAAGACAGCCCAGCCCCUGGGGACACACCUCCAGAGCCCUGCUUGGCCCAGGACCCCUAUCCCCAGACUCCUACUGCCAGCAGCACCCAAGAUCUCCACUCACCAGAGCCAUUGGGGGUCUGCAGGAGCCCCCCACCAACCUGCUCCCCAAUAUUGGAGGCUAGUGACGAUGAGGCCCUGCUGGUCUGCUGACCCGUUGGACACGCUGAUGACUGCCACAGCCCCGCUUUGUAACCAGGGAAUACACAGUCAUUUCUA